UUAUUUGCAGAUGCAGGAGACUGCUGGAGUGUAGUCUGUCAUUGUUUCACGCUACCAAAAUGAAUAAAAAAACAUUGGGAAAGCUCAGCAUGGAUUCACUCAAUUCUACAUUAACAGAAGAGGAAAGAAACCAGCUCUGUGGCUUACUGGGGAAUGUGGAACUGGCUCUUCUCUACAAAGCUUCAGUUCAUGGAUAUCAAGCUUCAGCCUUCCACCAGCGAUGUGACCGUCAGGGUCCCACUUUACUUGUAGCCUACAACCAUUCAGACUACGUCUUUGGUGGAUACACUAGUGUAGAUUAUGCUCAAAGCGGGCAGUAUAUUACUGAUAAAGAGGCUUUCCUGUUCAGUGUUCAAGAUGAAGUGCCGCUCUGCAUCAAAGUUAACAGUGGAUCUCAUGCACGUCUUGAUGACGCUGGAGGGCCCAACUUUGGUCAACAGCUGUACUUUUGCUACAACAACCAACCAGUUAUUUAUAAUCAAGGAGGGAAUGCAUUCAGUUUUGAUUCUGAUGCACUGUAUGGGGACAUCACUGAGCUGAUUGAAUGUGAGGUGUACAAAGUCAAACACAUCCUUCAGGUCAUGGAGAAACCAUGGAGGAAUGUUCUGUGGACAGCUGAUCAAAGAGCAGAGCUCAUGGAAAAGAUCAGGAAUCAGAAACCCCUGGUGAUGUCUGUCAGCCGAUUUCGAAUCCUAAUGAUCGGUCCUGUAGGUGUUGGAAAAUCCAGUUUCUUCAACUCCAUCAACUCCAUCUUCAUGGGUCGAAUGACUAGCAAAGCCAUGUCAGGAUCUGCAGGCACUAGUCUCACCACACAGUUUCGCACAUAUCCAGUGAAAGACGGUCGUGGAGGAAAGCCGUUGCCAUUUGUGUUGUGUGACACCAUGGGACUCGAGGAGCAAUCAGGUGCAGGACUUGAUAUUGAGGACAUCAGCAGCAUUCUUCAAGGUCACAUAUCAGACCGCUAUAAAUUCAACCCCAUGGCACCGUUUCAACCUGAUGAGCAAAAGGCCUCCAGACCUGCAUCUCUUCAGGAGAAGAUCCACUGUGUGGUGUAUGUGAUAGACGCCACCAAAAUCUCCCUCAUGUCUGACAAACUACAGGAAAAACUUGCUUCCAUACGCAAAAAAGUGAACUCAAUGGGCAUCGCUCAGAUCGUCUUGAUGACAAAAGUAGAUGAAGCAUGUCCUCGAGUGGAGGAAAAUCUUCAAAGUCUUUAUGUCAGUUCCUACAUCAAGUCGAAGGUGCAGGAGGUGAGCUCUCGGUUGGGUGUGCCGGUGUCUUGUGUGUUACCGGUGAAGAACUACAGUCAGGAGCUGGAGCUGGAGCUGGAGCUCAACUGUGACGUCCUGCUGCUCACCGCUCUACAGCAGAUGCUUAACUUCGCAGACGACUAUCUGGAUGAUGUCUGUCCCAUGGAGGAUUAACCCAAAUAAAGUGAUGUGUAUUAUACUGUAGAUCGGGAUAUUUACCUCUUGAUCAG